GUCGUCGAGCACGCUAAUAUAUUCCCCGCGAAACGCGCCGAGCACAUUUUCGAUAGAUUUACGUCGACGGCGACGCUUGAUGGAAUAACUGAUCGGGUUUUGCCGCCGCCCGACCCGGAAUCUCUCCGGAAAUUUCAGGGAUCUCCGCGGAUCCCCCCGGGAGUUUUCGAACGAGAAAUAUCUUUACGCGACUACACACAUUCGCUUACAAUUUUCCCUACUGCACCUUUUAUCGGUCCCUCAGAAAGGAAUCCAUCUCCCACGUCACCGUAGAGCACGAUAAAUGCUAUUGCUAAAUGAGAAAAAUCGAUCCUUUCUGUUUCAGCGUUCGGAGCGUCAUGCACAGAUAUCUGGAGAAGAAUAACGAAGUAAACUUCGACACAAUAUUUAAUCAAAUGUUAGGUUACCUUUUAUUCAAAGACUUCUGCGAGACUGUAGCGGAGGAACCGAUUCCGCAACUUAGGUUUUACGAAGAGAUCAAGGCGUACGAGAAGCUCGAGUGCCCGGAGGAGAGGAGAAAACUUGCCCGUGAGAUCUACGACAAUUAUAUUAUGAAAGAGUUACUGUCGCAUUCUCACGAAUAUUCGCAAGAGGCGGUAUCUCACGUGCACAAGUAUCUCAUGAAAAAUGAAGUCCCAGUUAACUUGUUCGAGCCGUACAUCGAGGAAAUAUUUAACCAUCUGCGAGGGGAACCGUUUCAGAAAUUUCUGGAAAGCGAUAAGUACACCCGUUUCUGCCAGUGGAAAAACUUGGAGUUGAAUAUGCAGCUGACGAUGAACGACUUCAGCGUGCAUCGAAUAAUAGGCAGGGGCGGCUUCGGCGAGGUGUAUGGUUGCCGGAAAGCGGACACCGGCAAGAUGUAUGCCAUGAAAUGUCUGGAUAAAAAACGCGUUAAAAUGAAGCAGGGUGAAACGUUAGCUCUCAACGAGAAGACGAUGCUCUCACUAGUUAGCAAGGGGAUGGACUGCCCAUUCAUAGUGUGCAUGACGUAUGCGUUUCAAACCGCCGAUAAGCUGUGCUUCAUAUUGGAUCUGAUGAACGGCGGCGAUCUGCAUUACCACCUAAACCAGCACGGACUUUUUAACGAGGCGGAAGUGAAGUUUUACGCCGCGGAAAUGAUCCUCGGCCUGGAGCACAUGCACCUCAGGCACAUCGUCUACCGUGACCUGAAGCCCGCGAACAUACUGCUGGACGAGCACGGUCACAUCAGGAUAUCGGAUCUGGGAUUGGCAGUCGAUUUCUCGAAGAAAAAGCCCCACGCGAGCGUCGGCACACACGGGUACAUGGCGCCGGAAGUAGUCUCCAAGAACACCUCGUACGAUUCGAGCGCGGACUGGUUUUCCUUCGGUUGCGUGCUGUACAAGCUCUUGACGGGUCACAGUCCAUUCAGACGGUUCAACACCAGGGAUAAACAGGAGAUAGACCGUAUGACGCUGACUAUGGUGCGUUGGAACGUCGAAAUACCAGAAACGUAUUCGCGGGAGAUGCAGUCGCUAAUAGAAGGUUUGCUACAACGAGACAUCAGCAAAAGACUCGGCUGCCGUAGCAGCGGCGCGGAGGAGAUAAAGGCGCACCCGUUUUUCAAUGGUAUCGAUUGGCAGCAGGUGUAUCUGCUGAAGUACACGCCGCCGUUAAUACCGCCGCGCGGCGAGGUCAACGCCGCGGACGCCUUCGACAUCGGCUCCUUCGACGAGGAGGACACGAAGGGAAUCAAGCUAACGGACGCGGAUCAAGAGCUGUACAAAGACUUUACUGUAGUCAUCUCCGAAAGAUGGCAGGCUGAGGUGGCCGAGACUGUAUUCGAGACAAUCAAUAACGAAGCGGACAAGUUGGAAAAUAAGAAGAAGGCGAAACAAAAGCAACGGUUUGAUACAGAUGAAAAGGGUUCGGACUGUAUAUUACACGGUUAUAUAAAGAAAUUAGGAGGUCCAUUCGCGAGCGCGUGGCAGACGCGCUACGCAAAAUUAUAUCCAAAUCGGUUAGAGUUACACCCGGAAUCAGCGACUAAGCCUGAGCUCGUGUUUCUCGAUCAAGUCGAGGAAGUAAUGGCGGACCUGCAACUCGUAAAAGGGGAACAAUGCAUCGUGAUGCGUACGAAGGACGCGAAAAUCGUACUUACAAAUGCCGACGAGAUAAGCUUGAAAGAAUGGGCGCUCUCGUUACGAUCGGCACACAAAUGCUCAAUGGAGAUGCUCGGGAAUAUGGCGAGGAAAGCAGGCAAGAUCUACGGGACUGAGCGGGACGCAGUGAUCCCAGCGACGCAGCGAUCCACGAACGGCAACUAGCCCAUUGUCGUCAUGUGCGACGUCGCACCGUCAUACUCCAGUCCCACUGCCCCGCAGCAGCAACAAUUUUUUUUAUACUAAAUAAAUAGUUGAUGGAGAGAGCAGCGAUGGACGGGAAGGAAGGAACGUGGCAACAGAGCGAGGAAACGUUUCUCUUCGGAAUGGCAACGCAGGUAGUGCCUCUUACUUCCGAAAGCUUGCUCUGGACUUUAACGCUACGGCGUUGAAAAAAAAAAAGCGGCUAAAUCCCCCUUUUUGGCACACCUCGAUCAAACGGAACGUCCCAAAGAAAAUUUCGUUAUACGGCGGAUAGCGCUGCGCUGUGUAUUAUAGAGACUCUAGCCAAGUAGUGUCGUAUCGUGCGUACGUUCUCCCAGGGCCAUGAGGAUGAUGCGCGCGCGCCCACACAUAUAUACACACACACACACACGCACGCAUACGCGAAAAAAUACAUACACACACGCCAACGCGGCUCCUUCUGGUCACUGGCGCGGGCGCGUAGGCAUCUCGUUAUAUUUGUACAUUAGUUAUAUGUGCAACAUGUGACGUAGCGACUAGCGACCGACCGAGCGACGAACAAAAAUUGAACAGAUAACACACGGGAAACACGAACACACACUCACACAUACAUCCGGUAGUGUAUUAUUAUGACCUAGUACUCUCUACACGAUCCCCGUACUCUUAUUACUUUCUACGCGUUUCGUCGUACCGCUCGUUUACUUAAUUUAUUUUUACUAGUGCAGAGAGAACAAGAGAGAGUGACCAGUUUUAUAUUAUCUUUACGAUGAAACAAAAGUGACCUAUUAUUUAUUAUGUUGUUAAAUGCGAGAGAAUGAGAGAAAAAAAAAACAAAAAGAAAAAAUUCGUUUGUAUAUUAACCAAAGGUGAAUCGAAUACCGAAUGCAUGCAACAUAUGUACGCUCGAGUGGAUAUACGCGAGGUCCGCUCCGGCAAUAAAAUAUGCGAUGAACGUAGAUGAGAAGAGCUUUCUUUUGUCCUGCAUCAUGUGUCAGUAGAUCAACGCUAAAAAUCGCAGUAAGUAUUUAUGAUCUCCAUUACAUUAUGUUCUCUGAGCAGAUCAUAAUCUUUACGUAAUCGUGAUCGAACCAUGUGCGAAAUUUUAACAAAAUGUUCGAUUUAGCAGUUGUAUGACAAAAGAAUUACAUAUCAAUGUCACGAAUGAAUUGA